UGGAAGUCAGCCGGCUGACGAGGGGGCUGUUUAGUCAGGGAAAAAAACACAACAAAGCCACACGGACCGAGCGGCCCUCGUCGUCAGAAAGCAGACGCGGUCGUUCCUGUGGCGGAACGUGUCUUUUGUUAGCGAAGAAGACGGCGAGAAAAACCUCCCUGUUCAAAAAAAAAACCCCAACCACAGGCUGGGUUUUUCCUUUUCGGCUGUCUGUCGGAAGGCGGGGAAUACAAAGCGACGUGAGGUCUGAACCCCACUACAUUGUUUGGACCCACUGAAGCACACAACACAAACACGGGAUAUACUACAACGCCAGAUCGUGCUGCUGUGACUGGUCAGCGAUAGUACAUGGAUUAUCUGUGUUUCCGGGCACUGUGCUGUAAAGGACCGCCGCCGCCAAGACCGGAGUACGAUGUGGUGUGCAUCGGCCUGACGGGCGCCGGGAAGACCAGCCUGCUCUCACGGCUCUGCAGCGAGGGCAGCGACGGCAUCGUUCCUACAACAGGUUUCAGCAUCAAAGCAGUGCCAUUUCCAAAUGCAAUCCUGAAUGUAAAAGAACUCGGAGGAGCCGACAACAUCAACAUCAAGAAAUAUUGGAGUCGUUACUACCAGGGGUCACAGGGUGUAGUCUUCGUAUUGGACAGUGCCUCGUCGGAUGAGGACCUUGAGGCAGCCCGUAACGAGCUCCACUCGGCCCUGCAGCAUCCGCAGCUCUGCACACUGCCUUUCCUCAUCCUCGCCAACCACCAGGACAAACCUGCUGCUAGAACGCCAAACCAGGUCAAGAAGUACUUUGAGCUGGAGCCGCUGGCCCGGGGGAAGCGCUGGAUCCUGGAGGGAAGCUCCACCGACAACCUGGAGGCCGUGAAGGAGAGCUUCGGUCAGUUCAUCAGCCUGCUGGAGGACAAAGACACAGAGCCUGCGAGGAUAUGAUGCUAGCAGCUAUAAAUGCUAAGAGACAUUAUCGGCCAACGACGAAGAAACAUCCCGCCGGUGCCCAUGCACACACACGCUCUCAUGCACGGACACAAACAUGCACACACGAGUAAAGUUACGGCGGAUGUCGGCCUCUCUCCUUGAGGAGUGUAUUGUGCGUCGUCCUCCCGUCACUGCGCUCUCAUUUUUGUUCAGAUCCGAAGAGUUUGUGUGUGCAACCUGACAGAAGAGAGCUGCCGUUAAACCCACCCCGAUGUAAAGCAGUUUGUCAAGAAAAGUCAUUGAACUUUGCCAGAAAUGGAAAAUCUUGUUUACUACUGUCUGUGCCCUUGUGAUUAAACCAAUGGCAUGUGGGACACAUGGCAUUCCUUCAGUCAUCUGCGGACAUUAAUGCACACAUCACUCACUCUGAGACACACACACACACACACACAC